GGAAUCCGUUGAAAAGGAAUUACUUGACAACGAAGCCAACAUGGGUUCCACAAGUUAUAAGUAAAGCUGAUGACAAGGAGCUGGAUGUCAUGUUCCACAGAUUGCAGCAAUUCUGACAUCAUAAUACUAUCAUCACUGUUAUCUGAGACUGCAUCCGAACGAUCUGAUUGUAAAUUUAUGAAGAUAGGUUCAAGGCUUGUAUCUGUCUUCACCUCCCUGUUAAAGACCUCAUCUUCAAGCUUUUCACCAUGUCACACACAGUCUGCUCAAGCUGCAGGAGAGACAUUGUUUUGGAAGAGAUCUCAAGAAGAUUGCAGAAAGAGAUGAAAAAAUAUUUGGAAAUUGCUGGAGCUCUCAGUAAAGCAGAACAAAAAAUUAGUGCUGAUUUGAGCUCAAGUCCACUGUCUCAUCAAAAUGAAAGAUUUCGCACAAUUGUUGAUGAUUACCAUACUGUUACUGUUAAGGGUGUAGAAAAUGUUCCAGAAUUAUCUAAAAUAUGUCAACAGGGGUUCUUGGACCCAUUAAAAAAGUACGGAAGUUUCUUCAGUGACAUUGAUGCCACAUUCCAUCGCCGUGAACAGUUGGUACAAGAAUGGAAGAAUGCUGCUGCAAAAGUGCGCCGCCUUGAAGAACGUGAACGAACUGCUAGCAAUGUUGUUAAAUUAGAACGUGAGAGAAAGACUGCUGAGACAGCUGCAGAGGAACUUAUAGUGUGUCACAAAUCACUUUUGUCAGAUGUUACACAGUUUUAUUCACGCCGUAUCGAUUAUUUGCAGCCUUCAUUGCAAGCCCUUGUAUUAGCUCAGCUGGAUUACUAUGGGGAGGCUACACGACUCUUUACUCUCCUUGUCCCUGCACCUGCAUCAGGAUCUGCGGCAAAAGGUUCUCCUUCUUCUGCCGCAGUUAUUGAGUCAGAAUUUCAGCAGUCUGUUCAAUCAAAGUUGUCACAAAUAAGGGCUCUGUCAAUUGUGAAACAAUCCAAGGGCAGUUCAGUACAUACAUAAUACAUAUAAUAUUGUGCUCUAGAUAAUAGUGCAGAAAUAACAGUGACAGAAGAUAUGUAAGUUUUCAACAGCUACUCAUUUUGUUUGUCCUGUUCGACUGUGACUCACCAAGCCAGGUGUUACAAAGUUUAAGACACUGAACCCCCAUUUGGAAGGCAUGGGGUUGAAAUACUAUCUGCUCAAGGCAAAUGCCGAGAUGGUUCCUAUUCAGAAAAGCCCUGUUCAAUCUGGGUUUGUGCUCAGUCUCUAAUGAUCUCAGUGGCAAGACUGAACCCUAGCUGUCAUCUGUUUAAGACCAUAUAUCUAAAUCUGUUUUUUUUCCCCUGUGGGAAGACAGAGCCUGGCUCUUAAUAGCAAACAGCCAGUGCAGGUUAAUUAUUAACAAAUGAAAGUCGUACUGUAGCUGUAGCAUAUGAGUUUUGACGUACUGCUCAUGUCGUGGCAAUUUCCCCUUUUGUCUUGCCCAGGUAUACAGUUUGGUUGACGGGUGAAAGGCAGUUAACAGUCAUUGUGUACUGGAAUUAAGAACUUUCAAAUUGUUCACAUUUUGGUUGUACUUUGGCAUAGAGCUUUUGGGGUGUUCCCUGAAAGGUACAAAGAAAUAAGAUUUGCAGUCCAGUACGAAAGGGCUUGUAUGAAGCAUUUAUUGCAAUAGACAGAAAUUGUUGGUAGAAUUGGCAUAUCAUCAAAGGAAAAAUCUGUGACUGACGAAUGUUUAAAAAAAAUUAUUGCCAUGCCAGUUACUCUCAUGUUUCCAGAUUUGGCUAUGUUCUUUUGUAAGUGGCCAUCUUCAGAUCUAAUAGGAAGAAAAUGAAAAAAAUAACCAUUGUAAUAGAAUCUUGUCUUACUACUUAAAACCAGAUAUACUUAACAUUUCGUGCCUGCAAGCAUGUCAGCUGUUAAUUACUGAAUAAGUUACAUAGUACAGAAAUAAUGUAAGUAACUGUGUCAAAAUUUAAAGAAUACAAAUAUUUUUAAAGUUAUACUCAAACCAAUUUUCCAUGUUUGAAUAGUAAUUCUACUGCUCUCAGACUUUUGUUCAAAUUUG